AUGGAGGUCCAAGCUGGCAAUAUUGGAACACUUUGCACAGGUUUGAGUGGCAACUUCCAGGAGUACUAUGGUAACAUUACAGUUCAGAACACUUUGGACUACUUCCACAUCUCCAUUGGUCACACUAGCGAUGAUAAUGACGACUGCAACAAGGUCGAUCAACUCUUUGUGCCCGCCAACUGGACCGACGGCCGUCCAGGACUCAGCGAAUAUACCACUCUGUUCCUCGGCAACACUUACCUGCCCGUCAACAGACAGCCCGCUGCCACCAUCCAGUGUAACAACAACGUCGCAGUGGGCAGACCAUGCAUCAUGAACGUCACAGCUGAGAUCUGCGUCUCUUAUCCAGAGGAGGAGAGCAGCUCAAACUCUUGGGACGCCCCAGGCGCACCCAACACCGUUCAAUACUGCAGCUUCUGUGAUGGCGUGUGCUUUGGCGUCAGCAAGUGUCAUCCAUAUCCCACUGGCCGCUGUGUGCCCGUCACCAGAGCAUGUGGCCAGGGCGAGAUUGGCUUUGGCAUCUUUGAGAAGGAGGCCGCCCAGACCUCGUUGGUCCUGUUCCAGGAUGUCAACUGCACAACCCCAGCGUUUGAUUCUUCAAACAAGACCUGCGAGACCUGUCUCAGUGGCGCCAUCAAUGGUUUCGUCGGAUGUUCCAACAGUGCCACACGAUCAACCGCUGUAUUUGGACUGGGUAUGAUGGCAGUCAUUCUUCUUCUUGGCUUCAUUCUCUAA